AUGACCAGAACUUCCGUCCUCGCUGACGCUUUGAACGCCAUCAACAACGCUGAAAAGACCGGUAAGCGUCAAGUCUUGAUCAGACCAUCCUCCAAGGUCAUCAUCAAGUUCUUGCAAGUUAUGCAAAAGCACGGCUACAUCGGUGAGUUCGAAUACAUCGAUGACCACAGAUCCGGUAAGAUUGUUGUUCAAUUGACCGGUAGAUUGAACAAGUGUGGUGUCAUCUCCCCAAGAUUCAACGUCAAGAUUGGCGACAUCGAGAGAUGGACUGACAACUUGUUGCCAGCCAGACAAUUCGGUUACGUUAUCUUGACCACCUCUGCUGGUAUCAUGGACCACGAAGAGGCCAGAAGAAAGCACGUUUCUGGUAAGAUCUUGGGUUUCGUUUACUAA